UCUGCCUGUCCGGUAAGAAGAACUUCUGAUUUACUCCCGGAUUUCUGCAGCCGCGAUCGGAUGGCGCACGCUCGCAUUGUUUCCGUUUACUGGAUUAUAGCAACAAGUCUUCAUUUGCAAGAUCUCGCUUUCGCUUUCAGAGGUCCAUCAUUCGUUAAAGAGCCCCCGAACAGGGUUGUUUUUCAUAAUUCAUCUGGAGCUAUCAUUCCGUGCCUUGCAACUGGACUACCACAGGCAUCAGUGUUUUGGACAAAAAGUGAUUGGUCAAAAUUGGCCAAUAUUCCUGGAUUGAGACAUUCACGGCAAGAUGGCUCACUCGUAUUUCAACCUUUCAGGGCUGAGGAAUAUAGACAAGAUAUACAUGGGGCUGUAUACAGAUGUGUUGCAUCAAAUAGUUUUGGUACUAUUGGUUCACCAGAAGUACACGUAAGAGGAGUUGUUCUUCAAGAAUAUCAAGCUCAUGUAUAUGAUGAAUACGUGAUCCAUGGCAACACUGCAGUAUUCAAAUGCCAAGUACCUGACUUUAUAAAAGAAUUUUUAACAGUGACUUCAUGGACGAGAGAUGAUGGAUUAGUUAUAGUUCACCAUAAAAACGCGGGUGCCAAAUAUAUUGUAUUAAAAGAUGGAGAAUUACAUAUCAGAAAUGCAGCUCGCAGUGACAGUUUCAGAAAAUAUAGGUGUUUAAUCAAGAAUACACUAACUGGAAGUGUAACCCCAAGUGUUAGUUCUGGGCAACUUAUUGUAACAGGUAUUAUUUCUUUUUCUAAUGAUCAAUAUUUCUAUUUGGCUCAGUUAUAAAGGGCUCCUUUCAUUCUUUCUCUCA